GAGUUUCUGUUUUCCAAUCGAGCCAGCGCCUAUUUUUGUGUGGUGCUAAACGGCUAAUAAUGCAAAGAUGGUGGCCAGUGCAGUGGCUGCUGCUGCUGCUGCUCUUGGUCGCCGUUACACAGGCAGCAACAGCAACAGCCUCUGGCAUCCAAGCAACGCACCACAACACAACAGUCGAGAAAAGCACCAGCCACAAAAACAACAGCAUCUGCCAGCGACGUCUCUUUUGGCGGCUGCCCGCUAGGAACACCUGCCCAGCCGAUAUAUUGCCGCUGCGCGGCACCGUCUACAUUCUGUACGACGUCAACAUCUCCGAGGGCUUCAAUCUGCGGCGCGACGUCUACAUUCGCAUGGCGGUGUUUGUGCGUCGCCUAAGACGACGGAAGCGUUUCCGCAAUGUGCGGCUGGUGUUGCCGCCCUGGCCACGGCUCUAUCACUGGCACUCGCACGGCCUGGGGCAGAGCGACCUGAUGUGGCGCAGCUUCUUCGAUCUGGCCAGUCUGCGACGCUAUGCGCCCGUCCUCGACUACGACGAGUUUGUCGCCGAGUACAGGAAAUUCGGCAUGCCGUCGCCGCCCUACGUCCAUGUGUCGCAAGCCUUCCGACUGACACACUACGAGAUCAUGCUGGAGCAGGGCGUCUUCCGCGACAAGUACGAGCGCAUUACGCCCGACGCCCACGACUCGACGACUGGGCAGCGUCACGAGGCUUGCAACGAGAACUCCAUCAGCGGUGGUCCGCUGUUGCAGCAGCGUCUGCUGAGCUAUGGUCAGUAUCACUGUGUGCGCUUCCAGGGCAGCGCCGGUCUGCUGGAGCGGAUGCUGCGCGAGGCAAUUGACGAGGAUACGGCGGGCGUGGAGGAUGUGGACGAUAUGCGCGUCUAUGCGGUGCUCAGCGCCGAAACCGUUCUCCACGACAAUUGGGGCGACGAGCAUUUUUGGCUGGCACGUCGUUCGAUGCGCUUUGCCCAAUCUCUCAGCCAGGUAGCCGCCGACUUUCGACUCGCGAUGCUGGCCACCACAGACUCGACGGCGGGCGUACAGCGACCAGCCAUGUGGGAACUGGAGCGACCCAAGCGCGAUGCACGCGGUGGCGACUAUUUGUGCGCCCAUCUGCGACGCGGCGACUUUGUCAGAUCGCGCGAGUCGACGACGCCCACCCUCAAGGCGGCAGCACAGCAAAUAAAGCAACUGCUGCGGGCAUUCAAUUUGAGCAGCGUGUUCGUGGCCAGCGAUGCGACACCAUAUGAGCUGCUCGAGCUGAAGGAGCUCUUCUAUCGGUUUCGCUUUGUGCACUUUACGCCCGAGUCGAAUGCGCAGCGGCAUCAACUGAAGGAUGGGGGCGUGGCUAUUGUCGAUCAGCUGAUAUGCGCGUAUGCCCGCCACUUUGUGGGCACCUACGAGAGCACGUUCACGUAUCGCAUCUACGAGGAGCGCGAGAUUCUCGGCUUCAGCAAGUCGAGCACCUUCAACACAUUCUGCAAGGCAUUGGGCGGCAAUUGUGCCCGCAAUGCCGUCUGGCCAAUUGUCUGGCAUGACGACGACGAUAAGCUCUACUAAAUGAAUGGAUGAAUCUUAUUUGUCAAUCUUUUGUGUGUAAUUCCUAGUUUAAGUGUAUUUGUAUGUAGGAUUACUAUUUUUUAUUUCAAAUACUGUGCAACUUCAAACAAACUGCGAUGCCAUACCAAAAAUUAAAAAUCGUUUUAACACA